AUGAACUCCGUUUUAACGUGUGAUAGAUGCGAAGAAAAGUUUAAUGAAGAGUAAAGAGCUCCUGUUGUCCUUCCAGAUUGUGGACAUACAUUUUGUGAAUUCUGUAUUGCUGAUCUCCUAUCUGAAAUUGAAAAGUACUGUCCUUCUUGCGGAGCAGAAAUAAAGACAACUGAUGCAUCUAAAUAUACAAAGAAUUAGAAAUUACUAGCUCUACUAAGAGCUGAAGAUUCAGAGUUUCAUGAUAAUUAAGACUUUGUAUCUUGUCCCAGACAUGCAAAUAAGAGUAUAGAAUAUUUUUGCAAACAAUGCUCUGGUACAGUAUGCGUUAAAUGUAUGUUUGAUGAACACAAUGGCCACGACUUAGUAUAAAUAGAGGAAAUGGCUAGCAGCUUGAAAUAAAAUGUUCUCGAUCUGCAAAAAAUGCUGGUGAACGCCCACAGGCUUAACGAGGAAAACACAAAAUUGAUUGAAUAAGUGAAAGAAGAAUUAAACAGAUUGAAGUUUUAAUAGAUGAAAAAUAUAGAUAAAGGCUUCACUGAACUAGCGAAAAAACUAGAAGACAAAAAAACAGAAAUAAAAUUGGAAUUCGAAAAGAGAUACAAAAAAGAGGAACAAAAGUUUAUGACAAAGAUGUCAUAGAUUAAUACUAAUUUAGAAGAAAUUAAAAAUAUAGAGAGAAUCUUUGAGGAACUUCUUUAAUUCAUUGAUAACAAUAUAGAUUCUAAGAUUUUACAAAAAGCCAAUGAUGUGACAACAUUCUUGCAUAAGUCAUUUACUGAUUUGGAUUUAAUUACAAAGAAUUAGAUAUCGUAAAAGAGUGAAAUAUACAUACAUCCAAGCUUUAAACCUCUGACCUUGAAUGUCAAAAAGGCUAUAGAAAUCGUGAAUAAAUUUGAGAUGAUUCCACCAUCAGGGGCUGCUGGAAGUGCUAAAGUUUAAAGAUCUCCUUAAUAGGUAAAAGGACUAAUUGGAAGCGGAUCACUAGCGAAUGGAUAUAACAGUGGAGGUGAAGGUGGCAGUGUUGGAGGUAUAGAGAUAGAUCCAUUGACAUAAAUUCCAUAUUAUGAUCCUACUAAGAAUCAAUCAAAAUCAGCUAAAAGUCUAUACGGUGGCUCACAAGGCAAUCCAGUAGGAGCAACAAGAGCUCUGGGACCACCUAUGGCUCCUCACAGAAGAUUAGGAGGAGCAGGAUCAUUGGGAGAGAGAAAUGGAUCGAUAGCAGGAUCUGAAAAUGUAUUCAGCAGUAUAGUUUGCUUUGGAGAUCAUGAGGAGAUUCUAAAAUUCAAUCUUGAGAGUUAAAGAUGGGAAAAGGUUAAGUAUGAUAGCGGAUCUACAUUUACAGGAAAUUUAAGAUACUCUGGAUCAGCAUAUACCCCUGAUGGGCGAAUUAUAAUUACUGGAGGUUGUCUUAUUUCAACUUCAGAUGCCUCUAAUAUUGUAUACGAAACAAACAUACAAAAGCCAUAGAAGUUCGCCAGAAAGAAGGUUAUGCAGAAUAGAAGAUAUGGACAUGGAUGUGUAGCGCUAAAUGGCUAUGUAUAUGUCUUAGGUGGAUUUGACAAUAAAGAUGCUGAUGGAGUUGCUCCUAAUACAUUAGACUCUGUUGAAAGGUAUUCAAUUCAUGAAAACAGGUGGACUCAAAACUGCUCAAUGAGUGAUGGUCGAGCGUUUUUUGGGGUAGUUCCUAUUGGGGAAUAGUUCAUCUAUGUAAUGGGAGGCUUUUAGGACUAUCUCGUGUUAAGCUCAAUAGAGAAAUAUGAUUCAGUCUUGGAUAAUUGGAUGACACUAAAUAUAAAGCUACCUGUGGGGUUAGCUAAAAUGGGAGUUACUGCCACAGAUGGUCAAAGAUAAAUAGCAAUAGUAGGAGGCAUGAAUCCAUAGUUCUUGAGACAAAAAUCAUUAUAUUUAUUCGAUAUGAAAACUAUGAAAUUUUAAACCUGUGCUGAAAUGAGAAUAGCUAAAACAUUCAAUUAGUAAGUACAUUUCCAUGAAGGCUUAAUAUAUGCCUUUGGAGGUAAUGAGAAGGAUGCUUGUGAAAGAUUUGAUACUUACUAAAAUAAAUGGGAGGUCAUUUCAAGCUAUGGGGAAAUGAUAAAUUCCAAGAUUUGCAACGAGCUUAACGGCUGGACUCAAAUUUAUUGUCCAAUUACACCUUAAUUAGUACCUUUAUGA